CACAGACAGUCAACGAACUGUUCGAGAAGCCUUCGCAGACGUUCUUCGUCGUUUGCCGCUUUCGCCGCUGUAUCGUAAAAAAACCUUUUAACGAGCAUGCGCUGAGUGAAAGUGAUCUGGCUCUUUAAUUUAUCUGACGCCGUUUACCGGACGGACCGAGAUCUGUAGCUUUUAUUUAAGCGGGUUAAAGCGACCACGAGAAACGGCCGCCGAGGGUGAAAAAAUCCAUUACACCCUCUGUUUUGUCGCAGGUUUGGUGACGUCCAAUAAUCGACUUGCUGUGAAGUCUCCGGGGCCGAGGCCUAGAGACAUUUUUUUGUAACGGGCGCUAUCAAAAAAAUUUGUGUCGAUGCUUAACUAGAUUUAGGUGCCCGUUUUGACCGGAUGUGAACCAAUGAAGCACUUUAUACUGUAACUGAAGCUUUAACGGUGGGAAACGUUAGCCAGCUAAUUAAAGCUACUGCUAACUGCCAGCGAGGAAGUGAGGAACGAAAAAAAUGACAUCUCGGAGGUGGUUUCACCCCAACAUCACAGGUGUGGAGGCUGAAAACCUUCUGCUGACUCGUGGAGUGGACGGGAGCUUUUUAGCCAGACCCAGUAAAAGCAAUCCAGGAGACUUCACGCUCUCAGUACGGCGAAAUGGAGCAGUCACCCAUAUUAAGAUCCAGAACACAGGAGAUUACUACGACCUUUAUGGCGGGGAGAAGUUUGCCACACUUGCAGAGCUGGUGCAGUAUUACAUGGAACAUCAUGGACAGCUGAAAGAGAAAAAUGGUGACGUUAUUGAGCUCAAGUAUCCACUCAACUGUGCAGAUCCCACCUCAGAGAGAUGGUUCCACGGACACCUGUCGGGCAGGGAGGCUGAGAAGUUGCUCACUGAGAAAGGCAAGAAUGGCAGUUUCCUGGUGAGGGAGAGCCAGAGCCAUCCGGGAGAUUUUGUUCUAUCGGUCCGUACUGGAGAUGACAAAACAGACAGCAGUGACAGUAAACCUAAAGUCACUCAUGUCAUGAUCCGCUGCCAGCAUGACCUGAAGUAUGAUGUGGGUGGAGGGGAGAAGUUUGACUCUCUCACAGACUUGGUAGAGCACUACAAGAAGAACCCUAUGGUUGAAACUCUGGGCACUGUGCUUCAGCUUAAACAGCCUCUGAACACUACCCGUAUUAACGCAGCAGAGAUUGAGAGUCGAGUUAGGGAGCUUAGCAAACUAGCGGAGGCAACAGACAAGGUCAAACAGGGAUUCUGGGAAGAAUUUGAGACCUUACAGCAACAAGAGUGCAAGUUGCUCUACAGUCGCAAAGAGGGCCAGAGACCAGAGAACAAAAACAAGAACCGAUACAAGAACAUUCUGCCUUUCGACCACACACGCGUGGUGCUGAAAGACGGGGACCCAGAUGAGCCAGGCUCUGACUAUAUCAACGCCAAUAUCAUCAUGGUAGUAUCCACUGUCAUGCCGGAUUUGGACUCAAAGUGUAAUCAAGGCACCAAGGUGAAGAAGAGCUACAUUGCCACUCAGGGCUGUCUACAUAACACCAUCAGUGACUUCUGGAGGAUGGUUUUUCAGGAGGACUCUCGAGUCAUCGUCAUGACCACCAAAGAGGUAGAAAGAGGGAAGAGUAAAUGUGUGAAAUACUGGCCAGACGUGUCAGCGCUGAAGGAGUAUGGGGCUAUGCGUGUUCGCAAUGUCAGAGAGACGUCUGCACAUGACUACAUCUUAAGAGAACUGAAACUUUCCAAAGUUGGACAGGGCAACACAGAACGUACAGUUUGGCAGUACCACUUUAGGGCCUGGCCAGAUCAUGGAGUCCCCACUGACCCAGGCGGUGUACUAGACUUCUUAGAGGAGGUCAACCUGAAACAGGAGAGCAUAUUGGAUGCUGGGCCAAUAACGGUACAUUGCAGUGCAGGGAUUGGGCGGACAGGAACCUUUAUAGUGAUUGACAUCCUAAUAGAUGUGAUCAGAGAAAAAGGAGUGGACUGUGACAUUGAUGUGCCGAAGACCAUACAGAUGGUUCGUUCUCAGCGCUCUGGGAUGGUGCAGACUGAGGCACAAUACAGAUUCAUCUACAUGGCUGUACAGCACUACAUAGAAACAUUGCAGAGGCGCAUAGAAGAAGAGCAGAAAAGUAAGAUUAAGGGACGUGAGUACACCAACAUUAAGUACUCUUUGUCUGACCUGACUGGAGGAGAGCAGAGCCCUCUGCCUCCUUGCACUCCUAUUCCUACUCCCACCUGCACAGAGAUGAGGGAGGACAGCUCCAGAGUGUAUGAAAAUGUGGGGCUGAUGCAGCAACAGAAGAGCUUCAGAUGAGAUUCAUCUUUUGAUACCAGUGCUCUAUCAGCUCCAGGAUCUUGAUACCUGACAGUUUUUUUGCCAGCCACACCUUGACGCCUGAGACUUGACCGUAAUUAUAUGGAACAAUGGGGGAAGAAAAACAAGAACACACACACACACACACACACACACACACACACACACACACACACACACACACACACACACACACACACACACACACACACACACACAAAAGACACGAGGGAGACCAGAAACUAGGGUUGCCCUCCUGUUCUUGCUUAUUCUUACGUGAACAUUUUCCCUCUAGUUGAAUUCUAAACCACUGUGAUCGUCAGAAGAGCCUUUAGAGAAGCCUAACAUGCUAAAUCUACUACUAAACCACAGUUUGGGUUUAGGCUUUGUAAAUCUCACUGCAAAAAGGGCUGCCAACAGCGAGCACCCUCCUCAGAGGGAAAAGAACCUAGCUAACCUUUGCUCAUCUCUCAUUCUUCUGUGUAUUUUUUUUUUUAAUUAACCAAAGGAAAGUGAAAUUGAUCGUUUGUAGAUGGAAGUGAAGAGUUUACUGAAAAAGGCCUGUGCCAAACCCACACAUAAUUUUAUCCACAUUUUGCACCUAGUUAUACAAUCUUUGGGCUCAACAAAAGUGGGGAAAAACUUCCAGUGGUUUUUACUGUUGAUUUGUAACUACACAAAUUAAUUUUUUCUGUGGCAAAAACACCUCAAAGAGAAACAAAAAUUCAGGUUCUUGGGAGUGUAAUUAACUUCUUUGUCUCCUAGUUCACGAGUUUAGUACGCUUUCAUUAGGAUUAACAGUGUUGGUUAAUCAUUCCGGAGCUCAAGCCGAAUGUCCUUAAUGCUGCACUUUGAAUCGGCAGCAUUAGUUUCAGUUAAGCCUUGAUUCAUCUGGUGGAUUUAUGAAUAAUCUAAUCUGGAUUUUUGGGAGGAGUUUCCUGAAGGUAUGCACUUAUGUUGCAAAGUCAGGAUGUUGACAUAUUAGGACUUCAGGGGAGUCUCUGUAUGUCAGUUGCAGGCAUUGCCAUAUGCUGAUGGCUGCCAAAAAGAUGUCUCUUUUUUUUUCUUUCUUCUUUUUUUUUAAACUGCAUUUUCCCUUUUUUAUUAUUCUUUUCUUGUUAAGGAUAAAUGCCUUUAUAUACCAUUGCCUAUUUUGAACACCACAUGUACUUAAGUUUAAAAGUUUGUUCUAAGAAGUAAUCACACAUCAGUUUUGGUAGUAGAUUAAUUGUUAUGGUUUGUGGUCAGUUGGAUUCAGGAGUUUAUACACAUAAACACACAUUCACACAUGAGUACACAUGUUUUAUAGGAGAGUAUUUUCUGGUCUUUUUUUGUGUCAAUCAAAGUGAACAGUUUUAUUGGAAUACUUUGACAUUUUGGAGAGAAAAAAUCAUUUACUCCAGAUAAUACGAUGGAUCCCACUCUCACAUCUGUAAACUAUGAAGCUAUAGCUAGUAGCUAUUUGUUUAGCUUAGUUUUGCAUAGAGACUGAAAACGAUGGAACAGCUAUCUUAAGUCUACUUAAAGGUAAAUCAAUAAAAACAAAUAUUCGGAUUGGUAGUAUUUGUAUACAUGUUUAAUGACAUCACUAUUCUAAAUUAUCUGUAAAGAAACAUACUUUAGUUCUAUCAAAUCCAUAAAACCAUGCUGAUUUUAAGUUACACAUUGGACUUAUGAAAAGUACUUGUGUUACUUUUUCUAUAUCUGCUAAUGUCUGUGUGCUCUUUAUUCUCAGAUAAUAGUAAUAGACACCUGGUUCAAAUUGACCGGUAUUCUUUUUGGUUUGUUCACUUUUAUGUGACUUGUGAUGUUUAUUCUAGAGUCUGCAUGGAGCAGCUAUCAGGUCCUCCUUAGGCCCAGCCUGGUAUAUGAAAAUUGUAUUGUUAUCAUGUAACUUGCUAAUAUUUACUAUUUGGCAUCACAUGCAGAAUAAAGAAAGGGUUUUUAAAGGUGUCAUCACUUUUGUAGAUAUUCACCAAUUUGAUCUCAUAAUGGCACUACAUGAGUAUCCUCAGGGAAACUUGAAUGUACCUUGCAUUCAAGAUUUGCACCAGAUUUCAUGGCUGUUCAUCUGUUAGUUACUGAGAUGAUUUAAGUCUGGACCAAAGCAGUGGACUGACUGAUUGAAAUUGCCAUCUAUAGUGCAGUGCUCAAAGGAUGACUAACAUCACCAUGGUUUUAUGAGGAAACGUAUGCUGGAAGCGAUUCUUGACUGUGUUUAUACAGACUAGCCUUAUGCUAAGCUAGGCUAAUCACCAGCUUUAUCUUCAAAGUGCAGAUAUGAGAGUGGAAUCUUAUCAGCUAACAGUAAGAAAUGAAAAUGUAUUUUCUUAAAUGUCACUGUUUCUUUAUCUUCACGAUCAGCUUCAAUAUUAGGAUAGUCACUCUUUUCAAACAUGUGGCCUCAGUAUUUUGUCAAGCAUUGUCAGUUUCUGCACAUUUGCUUACCAUCACUAUGCCUUGAGAAACUGCAGUCUUGCGAUUGAACUUGCUGUAACAGUGCUGACUCAGAAUCUCUCCUUUUGAGAAAAAGGAAGAAGUGGCUUGCCUUGUGGAUAGUUCUCUGUAACCACUGAUCUCGGACUGAACAGCUUCUUUCUGUGAUUUAAAAAAAAGUAAAAAAAAAAAGUAAAAAAAAAAAAUAAAAAUCAUGACAUCAGUGUUUUCGGGAGCUGCUUCCUCUCAUUGGAGGACUCUGCUUAUAUGUGGCUGCUCCACAGCAAGUGUUCUUUGGAACAUCUCCCGUGUGAACACCAUCAUCUGACUGAGAUCUUCUGUAGUGUGGUGUACUGUAUGCAGUUUUUAUCGUUGAACGGUUGACUUUGUACAUGCCUAAUGUUUUGUGGAAUGUGUGCUUACAGUGUUUUUGUGUGUGCGUGCGUGCGUGCGUGCGUGCGUGUGCGUGCGUGUGUGCUGUGACAUUGUGGCUGCUGAUGGCCAUACUUGUUCUCAGUUACAUUCUUGGCUUUGUGUGUUUUUUGUUUUUUUGUUUUGUUUUUUUUUUGUUUUUUGUUUUUUGUUUUUUUUCUCCCUGAGAUGAUAAAACUGCUUUCCAUUUAUCAUGUAAGCAAUUUAGAUGCAUAGACUUGCCUUCUAUGCAUAUGCCUAUGUGUAUGUGAUUGCUAUUAAAAAGAAACAAAACAACUUAACAGUGCUCUUUAGUUCCACCGCCGUUCAAGAACCCAUAACACUUAAAUGUGAAUACUUUCAUCCUUAACAUCCUGAACAAAAAAAAAAGUUUAAAAAGAAGGUGAUUGCAAUGCAAACAAAAUCUAUUUUUUAAAUUGUACAUGAGUUCCAGGUAGAGGAGAAUGUACUUAAACAUAUCUACUUGCCAAUAAAAUAUACUGUAUGUAUAUUCCUACAGCUUUCCUCCUCUGGCAUGGGGAGGAACCUCUCACAACGCUUAAAGGUUUAUUGUAUGACUUUCAAUGCAGUUAACCAUGUUAACUUCCUUAAUUAACAAUAAAUGGCUGGUAAAUGCCUCAUUAAG